AACAAAGCGACUAAUCACUAGAAGAAAACGCUUUGGAGUGACGUCAUUCGUGUAGCCGCCACAAACAGGAAGAAAACAUCUAACUGUUAUCUAAGCAGAGAGAGCUCUCUGGCUAGCUUAGCAGCCUGUGUAGCAUUGGCACAGUAAUGAAACGGUCUUGCGAGUCGGGAAUAAAUUGGUGUUUUGUCAUGCUGUGUCCGGAGUAGUGACUGUAUCAAUUGAUACCCAAGGAAUAUAAUUCUCCUCGACUUUCCUCCGGUCCGAGCGUUGAAACGAGGUACGUUAGCUUAGCAGCAGAACGUUUGCUAGCGGUAGCUAAGGUUAGCCUGUAUGCUAAUUAGCAUGCAGCUGUUAUACUUGUAAGAGGCUACUCUACCAGGUCACUGCGUUUUCGUCUGUUGUCUUGUGACUGUGUGAAUGAGUGACGUGGUGCCUCCCACAGCUCUCAGUGAAGUCCAGCUCCGCUUCCUCUGCCACGAUGACAUAGAGAAUGUCAAGCUGCUCUGUGGUGAUUGGUUCCCAAUCGAGUACCCAGACUCAUGGUAUCAGGACAUCACCUCCAACAAGAAGUUCUUCUCCCUCGCUGCCACCUUCAGAGGAGGCAUCGUGGGAAUGAUUGUGGCCGAGAUCAAAGGCCGGACCAAAGUGCACAAAGAGGAUGGAGACAUCCUGGCCUCCAGUUUCCCUGUGGACACACAGGUAGCCUACAUCCUCAGCCUGGGAGUGGUCAAAGAGUUCAGGAAACAUGGCAUAGGCUCCCUACUGCUGGACAGUUUGAAGGAGCACAUCUCAACGACAGCCCAGGACCAUUGUAAGGCAAUCUACCUACACGUCCUCACCACCAACAACACUGCCAUCCACUUCUAUGAGAACAGGGACUUCAGGCAGCACCAUUACCUGCCCUACUACUACUCCAUACGAGGCGUCCUCAAAGACGGAUUCACAUAUGUACUCUACAUCAAUGGAGGUCAUCCACCCUGGACAAUAUUUGACUAUAUCCAGCACAUUGGUUCAACCCUGGCCAGCCUGAGCCCCUGCUCCAUCCCUCAGAGGCUGUACAGACAGGCCCAGUCCCUGCUGCGCUCUCUGCUGCCCUGGUCCAACAUCGCCUCCAAGACCGGCAUACAGUACAGCAGAACAAUGUGACACAACAUGGAGCGCACCUUCCGUUUCUCAUCAGUCUUCCCCUGUACACACCAGGAUGUACAAGCACACUCACAUUCUCCAUCUCCUACAGCUUUCCACACCCUGUGUAUGACACGGGACUCAGGUUCAACCUGCGUUUGAUCGUCCACACACUAGAGUAGUAGUCCUGAUUCAAUACACGUUUUGGCACUGUUCACACAACAUCCAGGUUUGCAGCUGUAGUUCUGUGCCCACUGCAAAACAGGGUUGUUGCAUUGCAACGUCAUUAAAAGUGCAAUGCUGGUUUUUACACUGACGGACGGUGUGUUCUGGUAAAACCACGGGAUUUCUUGUAAUUAUUCAUUUACUAUACCAUCCCAUAUGUACUACACUAUCCCAUAGUUACUAUAGUAACCUGUGUUUACCCAGUCAUACGAAAGCCGAGCAGUGUCAGACCCGCUUUCAACCCAGGCAGCAGAGCAAAGCAGACGGCAAACACAGGUCGUAGCUUUGGUGUGAAAGGGGUGUAACACACAUACACUGGGAACCCUACAGAGACUAAAGGUUCAACCCUGCCUAUCUUUUCUGUCUCCCUUCAUCCUGUCCACCACUGUCACAGAGACUAUGUAUACUGUUUGUAUAUUAUAUAUACUAAGAUAAUAUAUAAAUUUCUCUCUAUGUAUGUCUAUUCUAUGCUGUCAGUAGGCCUAGUUGGAAGGUAACCCAUCCUGUCCCCAUUUUGAGUCAAUUCCAGUUUGUAAAAUAGAGACUCAAGAACAAGUUAAAUUUAUUUGGACUGUGAAUCUAGCUAUUUUAAUGGGCUAGUGGGGUAGAAUAAUAUACGCAGGAAACCUUGAGAUACAAUGUUGAUGGGUGAUAUAUUUAGUAGCAACUGGAAUUUUCCAAAAGGAUUCUUCCCUUUUGGAAGUUCAUGAUAUUGUCUUAUUUGCUGUGCGCAGUAAUUGUACUGGAAACUGUACUAGUGACAUCGCUACAGAAACAUGUGAAUUUGUUACUCAGUACUUACUGCAACACGUUUACAGACACCUCACAUUUUAUGCAGUGCUGUUUGAAAGUCUUACAUAAAAAUAUGAUCAUAACUCAAAGCAAAAUGGCCUUUCUACAUUGUUUCCAAAUGUUGCCCAUGUAUAAUUCAUACAAGAGUAAGGGAGAGUUGCUCGGGUCCUUGUGUUAGAGGUUUUAAAUGGCUGCAGCCCUGUCUGUGUGCUCUAUGGCUGUAAAAUUGCUGCUAAUGUAGAGAAAUGUCUAUUUGUUUGUCCAGAUUUUAAAAUAUGGCCCAGAUUAGAUUUUCAAUGUCGGCCUGUAGACGAGAUGAGAAAAAGGAAGCAAUGCUCCCAAACACACACGUCAUACACCUUGUGUGCCUGCGUGCAUGAAGGUGUGUAUGUCUGUGUGUGUGUGUAUGCAAGCAGGGUCUGAAAUUAGCACCUAGCAAGUGCCAAAUGUUAGUCUGACCUGUCUGUGGAAGACAAAUGAGUAAAGUUCACCCAACAAGUUGACUGGUAACUUUGUCAGUGAGUAACAUUGUAGUUUCUCAAUUUUAUUGCAUUCUGUUUCACUUUAUAAUGAACUACAAAGCUGAUCCAAUGUAUCAGUCAGUGAGCAAAUCUUAGAUUUUAUACAUGACGUAGUACUGAAAAAGGUAAGGGUAACUGUGAAAAGUGUUCAUUCAUUGUUAAAAGGUGAAAGUUUCUCAGUUUGCCAGUCCUGGGCAGGACACACUAAAGUAAAUUUCAGACAUUGUGUAUGCAAUACAUUUGUUUCAUUCACUGAUUGUAAAGACUGAGUCAGUGUGACUGCCCCUGCUGUAUGAUUAUUUUACAUUGUCAUAACAUUUUCUUUGUGAUUGUCAUAUUACAUUGUCAUACACCUGA